AUGACGAUUGGGCUGAGUUGCAAUUCCACAGGUCGAUACGAGCCUCGGCAACAGUCUGCACCAGUGAAAGAGCGAAGACUGCAAACACCCUUAUCGAUGCCAGACUUGUCGUAUCGCAGCACCCAGCGACAAAAUGAGGUACACAGUAGUAGAUUGCCUUUGCGUAUCUCACGCGCGAAAGCCAAUCUUUGCGUUUCGGAGAGCUCGACCUUUCACCGAGUGCUGACCUACACUGGACCGUCGGCAAAUCGAAAUGACUGCGUGUCCACCAACACCUUGCGAGCCGAGGCCGAGCUAGGGAUGAACAGCAAAGCAGCUCAAGAACGGCAGCAGCGCAUCCUGCUCGAUCUGGUCCGCCAGCCAGGCAACGAUGUUUGCGCAGACUGCAAAGGCCGCGCUCCAAGAUGGGCUUCGUGGAAUCUCGGCAUCUUCAUCUGCGUACAGUGUGCCGGCGUGCACCGCAAAAUGGGCGUACACAUCAGUAAGGUCAAAUCCGUCACGCUCGAUACAUGGACCCGCGAGCAGGUCGACCGGAUGAAGGAGGUCGGCAACGUCAGGAGCAACCGCAAAUACAACCCAGACGAGAUGCGCAACCGGCCACCGACCAACAUGGAAGAGAGCGAAAGGGAUAGCGAAUUGGAAAAGUACAUACGCAGGAAGUACGAGUUUCGCAGAUUCAUCGAAGGCCGCCCACCGCCGGUCCCGACAAAAGACGCCACCUUCGUCGCUUCCCCACCUGCAACUCUUGGACGUUCCGGAUUCCCAAGAUCACCAGUAGAGCCGGCGUCAUCUUCAUCGUCACGCUCCGACUUCGCAGAGGCCAGCAGCAUAGCGCGGUCUCGCACCGCACCCAUACCAUCCACCUGGAGCGAGGCUCAGCAACGAGUCAAAGCGAACGCACCUCCACUGCCCAGCCCAUCAGCAACCGCCUUUCGCGCGGCGAGUGGAUCUCAUAUCGACGGUGCCGGAGGUACGGCGGCGAAAUCAGCAACAGUCGUGCAAUCGACUCUGCAUCUCCCCGGCACUGUAGUUCCUCUGCGCACUUCGAGUGCGCUCAAUUCAAGAAACGCCAACACGGAAGUAUCGGCGACCAAGCCGACCAAUUCGACAGCACAGUCAAGCAUGUUUGACGAUCUCAUCUCACUCUCGGAACCAGCGCAUCAAACGUCGGCACAACCGCCUCUCCAGAUGAAUCCAUGGGCGUCCUUGCAGGCACAGCAGCAAGCUGUACUCAGUGCUCCCGCCAUACAAGAGCCCGCAGGCAAUUUCUGGGCAGGGCAGUCGGGCGCCAACGGUGCAGCAUCACCAAUGUCGCCGUUCGGAAUCAGUCCCUCUAAUAACGCCCACGCCUUUGACCAGAUGCGCAACACACCUCAACACGCAAACACAGCUCCAUCACUAGGCCUCUCUUCGGCUCAGGGUCACAUGAAUCCGCAGGCAACAGGCAUGCUCAGCCCAAGCAACGGCAUGAUGUACCCCCAAUACCAGCAGCAGAGGAGCGCAAGUUUGGGUACCAUGGAUUUCUCCACAUCUCCAUUACCCUCGCCGGGCUUUCCUCCAAGCAAUCCUUUCAACGCACCACAGUCCAACCUUGCGACAUCGUUUCCGCAGACCGCUGGCUACAUGGACAGUAACGCUCACUUUCAGCAACAGCCACAGCAGCUCGGGCAAGCCGCUUUUCAGAGUCAAGCGGGCGCAUUCGGCUCCAAUCAUGCUUUCUACAGUCAGCAGCAGCAGCAGCAUCAGCAGCCGUCUAUGCAACUUCAAAAUGCUAGCAACGGUGUCGGUCACUUUCAGUCUUCCAUGAUGCCCAACGGCUCUGGACAAGUCAACAACUUUGCCAGCAGUCCAUUCAUGCAGCAGCAGCAGCAGCAGCAACAUACCCAGCAAGGAUCGCCGUUCGGCCAAAUGUGGUAG